AUGCCUUACAAACUCGAACAAAUGCAAUUUUUAGAAUUAUCCAACGAAAGAAGUGAACCCUUUGUGAUUCCAAAUGUAUCUCCAGUUUCGUCUCCUACUCUUGUUGCCGCCUCCCCAGAAAUUGGCUCUUUGAGCAAGAACUUGGAUGAGAUUGAGGUUUCUGACAAGGAAAGAAAGAUGUCCUUAAUUGAAUUAAACUAA